GCUCAGGACACGCCCACAGCACGGAAUGGCAGCCAAAGAUGUCAGCGGGAUCUUUGGUGGUAUCGAGGGCCUAAAGGCUAGAAAACAGACUCUCAGGGGCGUGGGGAGGCUGUCGGGGGCCAACUCGUACCUCAGGGAAAAGUCUCUCUCUAACCAGCUCUGCCUAGGCCUUCUGGUGAAGAGCCGCCGCUUAGGGGCCCGCUCCUCAGCGCAGCUCUUGGCGCCGCGUGGGCCUUGUCCCUGAGCGCUUUCUUCCAAUAAAGUUAAUUUGGUGGCGAGUCCGCGCGGAGGCUGCUGGGAGAGACCCCUCUCCGCCAAUCAGGACGCUCCGGUGAGCGGCGCGAGAAGCAGCAGCUCCCUUCGGCCUCGUUCCUGCGCCUCCUCCGAGCCGGCUCCGGCGGCAGCGGCGGCGGCGGCGGCGGCGGCAGCUCCAGGGCCAGGUUUCUUGUUUUCUCUUUCUGUAUAAUAUCUUCAUCAGAAAUGGAUACUGAAGGCUUUGGUGAACUUCUUCAACAGGCUGAACAGCUUGCCGCUGAGACUGAAGGUAUUUCUGAGCUUCCUCAUGUAGAACGUAACUUACAAGAAAUCCAACAGGCGGGUGAACGACUGCGCUCUCGCACACUGACACGUACAUCACAGGAGACAGCUGAUGUCAAGGCGUCAGUUCUUCUUGGGUCUAGAGGACUUGACAUAUCCCACAUUUCACAAAGGUUGGAGAAUUUGAGUGCUGCAACUACUUUUGAACCUCUCGAGCCUGUGAAAGAUACAGAUAUUCAGGGCUUUCUGAAGAAUGAAAAGGACAAUGCAUUGCUGUCUGCCAUUGAGGAAUCCAGAAAACGGACUUUCGGCAUGGCUGAAGAAUAUCAUAGAGAGUCAAUGUUGGUGGAAUGGGAACAAGUUAAACAACGGAUUCUUCAUACAUUGCUUGCUUCAGGAGAAGAUCCUCUCGACUUUACACAAGAGAAUGAAUUUGCCUUUGAGGUACUUCCUUCAGUCAGCACUUCUAUGCCAAGUUACAUCAGUGAUUUGGGACCCCCAGGCCGAAGCUCUUUAGAUAACAUUGAGAUGGCUUAUGCCCGACAGAUUUACAUUUAUAAUGAGAAGAUAGUGAAUGGACAUCUGCAGCCUAACCUAGUAGACCUUUGUGCCGCUGUUGCAGAAAUGGAUGAUAAGAAUAUUUCAGAUAUGUGGGCAAUGGUGAAACAAAUGACAGAUGUAUUGUUGGCCCCUGCAACAGACGCGUUGAAAAGUCGAAGGAGCAUAGAGGUUCAAAUGGAAUUUGUAAGGCAGGCUUUACGUUACCUUGAGCAAAGUUACAAAAAUUAUACACUUGUUACUGUUUUUGGAAAUCUGCAUCAAGCCCAGUUGGGUGGUGUGCCUGGAACUUACCAGCUGGUUCGAAGUUUUCUUAAUAUCAAACUCCCAGCACCUCUUCCAGGACUUCAGGAUGGAGAAGUGGAAGGACAUCCUGUUUGGGCAUUAAUUUAUUACUGCAUGCGCUGUGGAGAUUUAGUUGCAGCUUCACAAGUGGUUAAUCGAGCCCAGCAUCAGCUGGGAGAAUUUAAAACUUGGUUCCAAGAAUAUAUGCACAACAAGGACAGAAGAUUAUCCCCUGCCACUGAAAAUAAACUUCGUCUCCAUUAUCGACGUGCCCUUAGAAACAACACUGACCCCUACAAAAGAGCCGUUUAUUGUAUCCUUGGCAGAUGUGAUGUCACUGAUAAUCAGAGUGAAGUGGCUGAUAAAACAGAAGAUUACCUUUGGUUAAAGUUGAAUCAAGUAUGUUUUGAAGAUGAUGGCACAAGUUCUCCCCAAGAUAGACUCACUUUAUCACAGUUCCAGAAGCAAUUGUUGGAAGACUAUGGGGAAUCCCAUUUUGCUGUCAACCAACAGCCUUUUCUGUACUUCCAAGUGCUCUUCCUGACAGCACAGUUUGAAGCUGCAAUUGCUUUUCUCUUCCGUGUGGAGCGCCUACGCUGCCAUGCUGUUCAUGUAGCUCUGGUACUGUUUGAGCUAAAGCUUCUCUUGAAAUCAUCUGGCCAGAGUGCACAGCUUUUAAGUCAUGAGGCUGGCGAUCCUCCUUGUGUAAGGCGUCUUAAUUUUGUUCGUCUUUUAAUGCUCUAUACCCGGAAAUUUGAGUCAACAGACCCAAGAGAAGCAUUGCAGUACUUUUACUUUCUCAGGGAUGAAAAAGAUAGUCAAGGAGAAAACAUGUUUUUGCGCUGUGUUAGUGAACUUGUAAUAGAAAGUCGAGAGUUUGAUAUGAUUCUUGGGAAACUGGAGAAUGAUGGAAGUAGAAAGCCUGGAGUUAUAGAUAAGUUUACCAGUGACACAAAGCCCAUUAUCAACAAAGUGGCUUCAGUGGCAGAAAAUAAAGGAUUAUUUGAAGAAGCUGCAAAACUUUAUGACCUUGCAAAGAAUGCAGACAAGGUUCUAGAGCUGAUGAACAAGUUGCUCAGUCCAGUCGUUCCCCAGAUCAGUACUCCUCAGUCCAAUAAAGAGAGGCUGAAGAACAUGGCACUUUCCAUCGCAGAACGGUACAGAGCUCAGGGAAUAAGUGCAAACAAAUUCGUUGACUCCACAUUCUAUCUUCUGUUAGACUUGAUUACAUUUUUUGACGAGUAUCAUUGUGGUCACAUUGACAGGGCCUUUGAUAUAAUUGAUCGCCUGAAACUUGUGCCCCUGAAUCAAGAAAGUGUGGAAGAAAGAGUAGCUGCCUUCAGAAACUUCAGUGAUGAAGUCAGACAUAACCUGUCAGAAGUGCUUCUUGCCACCAUGAACAUCUUGUUCACCCAAUUCAAGAGACUAAAAGGCACAAGUCCAUCUUCAACAUCCAGACCUCAACGAGUUAUAGAAGACAGAGAUUCUCAACUCCGAAGUCAAGCACGAGCAUUGAUUACGUUUGCUGGGAUGAUCCCCUAUAGGACAUCAGGAGACACAAAUGCAAGACUGGUGCAAAUGGAGGUCCUUAUGAAUUAAGAGAGUAAUCAUAUGUUGUUAUUAGUACAUCAAAGAGAUGGGCCCCAUUUAUUUUAUUUUAUUUUCUAUUCUGUAUUUUUCUCAACACAAAUAAAUUUCUUUGAUUUGUA